CUGUGCAACGGACUCAACCAAUAUGCACUUUUAUCCCUUCCGGAGGUUCUGUGUGUGCAUCUGAAACGCUUUCGUAGUCACUACACAGACACGUCGAAAAUCACCGCGGCAGUUGCUUUCCCGUUACAUGAUCUGGAUCUGAGACCAUACUUGCAUGAAGAUUGUACAGAUGAGGUGACCACAUACGAUUUGAUCAGUGUGAUUUGUCACCACGGGGGCUACGGGGGUGGACACUACAUAACCUAUGCUCUGAAUUGGCGUAGUCAGAAAUGGUACGAAUUUGAUGAUGAUUUGGUCACGGAAAGAGAUCCGGAGCAGAUCGCACAAUUGACAAGUGAAGCUUAUAUCCUAUUCUACAGGUGA